GUUUAAGUAUGUGUUUGUUCACAAAGGAGAAGAAGACACGGGCAGACAAAACCAGCUUGAUAAAUCAGGCUGUGCACCAUUUUCAUUUCAGAGCUAUCUGAAACCAGCACGCUGCCAUUGCCUACGCCUGGCCUAGGCUCUCUAAAGGACACAGUGUUUGCCAUUUUAAGCCAGACCAACGCUGCUGAGUUUCUGCUCUGCAACAUCCAGGACAGCAGACCAAAACACCAUGGGAAAUGAUACAACAGAUUUCACCGACGUGGCAUAUACAACAGAAUUUGACUAUGGUGAUUCGGCGCCUUGUCUUGGAACUGAGGAAAAACACUUUGCAGCAAAACUUUUGCCACCACUUUAUUCUUUAGUAGUGAUAUUUGGCCUGACAGGCAACAUGCUUGUUAUCCUUAUCCUGGUAAAAUACAAGAGGCUGAAGAGUAUGACAGACAUCUACCUGCUCAACUUGGCAAUUUCCGAUCUGCUCUUUGUAUUUUCUCUCCCUUUCUGGGCUUAUUAUGCAGUUCACGAGUGGAUUUUUGGGAAGGCGCUGUGUCAGAUUCUCUCAGGUGUCUACCUCCUUGGCUUCUACAGUGGCAUCUUUUUCAUAAUCCUCCUGACCCUGGACAGGUACCUGGCCAUAGUGCACGCGGUGUUUGCUUUGAAGGCCAGGACAGUUACCUACGGCAUCCUCACCAGCACUAUCACUUGGGUUGUUGCUGUUUUAGCUUCUGUUCCUGGCAUGGUAUUUCAAAAAACUCAGAAGGAAAGUUUACAUUAUACUUGCAGUGCUUAUUAUCCAAAUGAUUCCACAAUAAAUUGGAAGUACUUCUUUAUUUUAAAGAUGAACAUUCUGGGACUUAUUGUUCCAAUGCUCAUUAUGAUCUUCAGUUACUCCCAAAUUCUUAAAAUGUUAUUGAAAUCUAAGAAUGAGAAAAAACAGAAGGCAGUCAGACUUAUUUUUGUCAUCAUGAUCUUCUACUUCAUCUUCUGGACACCAUUUCAUAUUUCUUCUUUUUUGCAUACAUUUCAAGCUUCACUUUUCACUCCAAGUUGUGAUAUCAAAGUCCAACUGGAGAAAGCAAUCCAAGUGACAGAAACAAUAUCAAUGAUUCACUGCUGUAUCAAUCCUGUGAUCUACGCGUUCGUUGGAGAAAAAUUUAGGAAAUAUCUUCAUACCUUUUUCCGAAAGCAUGUUGCAGCGCACCUUUGCAAAAAGUGUCCAAGUCUUUAUCGUGAAAAAUUAGAAAGAGUCAGUUCCUCAUUCACAGCAUCCACUGCAGAGCAUGACAUCUCUACUGGACUGUAAAAUUGCAUCAGAACAUUAGUUAGUAAAUGUUGCAUCACUUGCUUUGCCUUAUGGACUGCCUGACAUUAUUUAAGAUCUUUAUGUCAACCGCUACUGAAAACUGUAUGACCCUCAAUUCUUGUGGUUAACUGUUCCCUGGGAUUACAGCAUUUUCUUUUGCUAAACUAAGAGAAUCAAUGAAUUCCCCAGGAAAUAUUAAUAGCAUAGCUGUAAUACAUUAAAAUUUAAAUGGGACCCAGAAUAGUAUGCUCCCAUUUCUUUACAAAAAUUCCAUCCAGUGAGAUUUAUCUGGGGGAAAUACAAUAUUGAAAAGAGUAAGGAGUAAUAGGUCAUCUCACAAGAUUGACUUCUGUUACGUUAACAUUGUAAGAUAAACACUUGGAGGAAGCUUUGGGAAUUGAUCUACCUGUUCAGUAUUCAACAUUAGUGAAGUACCUUUUGGAAGUGUCUGUAUUCUUUCUGCUACAUGGUCAGGCAUUUGAUAAGGAGGGGCUUUUGGUUUUCUUCAUUUUCCCCUCCUACUCCUCAUUUUCCCCAUGUGAAUAAAAGGUGUUUAACUAAAAAGGAAUUUAAGGAUUAAUAUGAGUUAUCUCUCCUCUGAUGGGAGAGUUGACUGACCUUUAUCUUACUGGGACCAUUUAACCCAAGGGUUUAUCAAUUAGGUAAUAUUGUAGUCAUUUUUGAACAUGGUUAAGUUACAGUAUUUUGAUUUUAGUUUUUUAAUUUUAUGUCUGUCCUAUCACUGUUCUGUUACUGACAUUUUCCAGUGUGGGCUGUUAAUCAGCAACAUUGCGAUUUUUGUGGGUCAAAUUUUUCAAGUAACUGCGCACACCAACUGCACAACAAGACAAUGAUGCCAGCCUUAAAAACAUGAGGUUGUUUCUGAGAAAUCAUAUCCCUCCAAGAAAAA